AUGUCGUCUGCAGUGGCUGCGAGCUGCACGCAUCCGUUGGACCUCACAAAAGUUCGCAUGCAAACCUUGCCUUCGCUCCCUGGUGCAAAGCGACCAUCAACGUUUUCUGUCAUCCGUGCGACAGUGGCCGAGUCCGGAGUGAGAAGUCUCUACACCGGCCUUACAGCUUCUCUCCUGCGGCAGAUGUCCUAUUCGCUUGUUCGUCUAGGGUCGUAUGAGUCCAUGAAGGAGCAUCUCUCCAAAGAUGGUCGACCAUCUUCCGGAAAGUUGUUGCUGGCUGCAAUGGCUGCAGGUGGCAUGGGCGGCAUUGCGGGGAACCCCGCAGACAUUCUUUUAGUCCGUAUGACUAGCGAUUCCAUCCGCCCACCGGAGAAGCGAUAUAACUAUUCCAACGCCAUCACUGGCUUGGUAACUCUGGUCAAGAGCGAGGACGUCAGAGGGCUUUUUAGAGGACUAGGAACGAACACUACUAGAGCAGUACUCAUGAACCAGGAGUCCAGAUACGAUCUCUUCAAGACCAUGCUUCUACAACAUCGCGUCCCCGUAUUGGAUUACCAAUUCCGUGAUAAUCUAGCUCUACAUAUGGCCGCGAGUACACUAGCCGGCACGGUCGCCACCACUGUUUGCUCUCCGGCGGAUGUGAUGCGAUCCCGUCUGAUGUCGGCCGUAUGUACCAAAUCUAAUCCCGUGGAGGUACUCAAGACAUCUCUCAGCACAGAGGGCCCUAGAUUCCUGUUCAAAGGGUGGACACCAGCGUUCAUUCGUCUGGGUCCGAACACCAUUUUCAUGUUUGUUUUCCUAGAGCAACUGAAGAACGGUUGGCGCAGCAUUUUCCCAACGUAG